ACUUACCUUCAGAGAUGGCACAGCACUGGCUCUAAGCUGCAUGGCGGACUAUGGGGCUCCUGUCUUCCCAUUCCUGGCUGUGGGGGGCUACAAAGGGAAGGACUAUUCUGAGGCAGAGGCUCUGAUUAUGACCUUCUCCCUCAAUAACUACCCCCCUGGAGACCCCCGGAUGGCCCAGGCCAAGCUCUGGGAAGAGGGCUUUCUGGAAGAGUUGCAAGUCUUUCAGCGGCGGAUGGAAGGCACAUUCGAGGUCACUUUCAUGGCAGAGCGGUCCCUGGAGGAUGAGAUCAAUCGCACCACAGCCCAGGACCUGCCCAUCUUCGCCGUCAGCUACAUCGUCAUCUUCCUGUACAUCUCCCUGGCCUUGGGCAGCUACUCCAGCUGGAGACGAAUACUGGUGGACUCGAAGGCCACGCUGGGCCUGGGCGGGGUGGCCGUGGUGUUGGGAGCAGUGAUGGCCACCAUGGGCUUCUUCUCCUACCUGGGCAUCCCCUCCUCCCUGGUGAUUCUGCAAGUGGUGCCCUUCCUAGUGCUGUCAGUGGGCGCCGACAACAUCUUCAUCUUUGUUCUUGAGUACCAGAGACUCCCGAGGCGAAUGGGGGAGCGGCGGGAGCAGCAUAUUGGCCGUGCACUGGGCAGGGUGGCCCCCAGCAUGCUGCUAUGCAGCCUCUCCGAGGCCAUCUGCUUCUUCCUAGGGGCGCUGACACCUAUGCCAGCUGUGCGGACCUUUGCCCUGACCUCUGGCCUGGCAGUGAUCCUGGACUUCUUGCUGCAGAUGACGGCCUUCGUGGCCCUGCUCUCCCUGGACAGCAGGAGACAGGAGGCCUCCCGGCCAGACAUCUGCUGCUGCCUUGGGGCCCAGAAGCUGCCCCCACCUGCCCAGGGCGAGGGGCUCCUGCUGGGGUUUUUCCGAAAGUUCUAUGCCCCGGUGCUCCUGCACAAGGUCACCCGGGUGUUCGUGCUGGUGCUGUUCCUGGCCCUGUUCGCAGCGAGCCUCUACUCCAUGCGCUUCACCACUGUGGGGCUGAAUCAGGAGCUGGCCUUGCCCAAGGUGAGCUGUGCCCUGCGGCUUGGUGGGAGGGGAGGUCGCUUCCUGCCCUCUUGGAUUUGGGAGUGGCACACAGCAUAGCCCAGGAGUGCUGGGGAGAGGAGCCACCCCCAGCUCAUAAGAGAUAGCUGAUCGAGCAUCCAAUGGCAACUGACAACUGAGAGCCCCUACAGUGGCCUGUGUCAUAGC